AAUGAAGUGACAAAGUUGGAGUCACAAUAUAAACCUAUAUUUUCAGCAAAUCAUUACGUGGGUUGCACCGGUUCUCAGCCAAGCACGCGUGGCUUUACAUGUUCAGUUUGGCAGUUAUUCCAUUACUUGACUGUACAAGCAGCACGCACUGAAAUCAGUCAGGAUCCACUGGAAAUUCUACAAGCUAUGCAUGGAUACAUAAAACACUUUUUCGGGUGCACUAAUUGCGCUGAACAUUUCCAAGCAAUGGCAACAAAACGGAAAAUCUGGAGCACACCGAAUAAAGACGAUGCAGUACUAUGGUUAUGGGCAGCACAUAAUGAAGUGAAUAAUCGUCUCGCUGGUGAUUCUACAGAAGAUCCACUAUUUCCAAAAAUACAAUUUCCUAGUCAAUCAAGCUGCAGUGGUUGUUAUAAACAGCCGAUCUCUCCUGCUAUAAUGGAAACGAAUUGGGACAAAAACGCAGUUUUGAGUUUUCUUAAAAAUAUUCACAAUCCAGAAUACAUCAGUCGUUAUGGUGUAGAACACGAGGAAUUACUUCAACCGACUAUAGAAAAACUAAGACAAAAGCGUAUGAUUGGCAAUGUAUUUUCCGAUAUGGACAUGCGAAUGGGUAUGCUGCUCUAUGUGUUCUGUAUUGGUAUGAUGGUGAUAGCAUUUAAAUUGUUCGCAUUCAAAGGAUACAGAAAGAAGCCAUAUGGACACGAUUUAUUAGGAAAAGUUUAACAAAUAUAACUUUAUUGUAAUAAAUUAUUAAAUGAUAUGUGCAACAAGGUUUUUGGAUGA